AUGGGGUUUUAUUCGUCUUUGACCCUCAUAGCGGGUUUCCUUCUCGUGCUUAUUGCACGAGCCCUCGGAAUUGCUGCCAGAGCGCAAGUAAAGGCCCGCACAGAGGGGAAGAGGGUCAUUCUUUUUGCGCCGUCCGAUAAAACAACGACCUCCUCACUAAGGGCUCUGCGAAACUCGUACCGGUUCACUCAGCAGAUAUCCUAUUUAACAUCCUACAACCCUACGCAACCAUGUUUGCUAAUGCAGAAUAGAGUCAUUCACCCUGCCACAGAGAUCCCUCCUUUUGUUCUGGACAAACUAAACGAAGCGAGCGAUGGUAUGACGGGGCUGGUGCUUCUAGAGCUACAACCUAAGCGAUACGCAUCUGUGUCGUUGCCAGGAGCAACCCAUUUGGCGCGCUUUAUAAACACAUACAGGGUUUUACGUUGCUUGACGAAUUGGGGCUGUAGUAAUGCAGUAAUCUUCUAUAAUCACGUACGCGUCGUUGGAAUAGGUGAUCCAGACUUCUGUGAGAAAAGCUCCUAA